GUCUGUUUUUUUCCCUUUUUUUCGUCCUGUUGAAGCUGAUUCGUUCACAGUUAAAGGUGUGAAUUUCAGUUUUUUUCAUCAACCACAAAAACGAUUUUCAUCACAGUUUGUUCAACUUCGUUUUCAUCAGUUCAUGAGAAAAACCUGCAUCGAGUUGACGGAGAAAAGGUCCAUGAUGGUCUUGGUCCUCUUCCUCCUCCUCCUCGUCCGUGCGUCCACUUCCUGUCAGGUGGCGUCCUUCACUGAGUGCCAACAGGCGUCCUUCGUCCCGGGUCAUAACCUCGCCGGAGAAGGCUUUGACGUGGUGAAGAUGCAAACCAGCGGCGCCAGUGUCAUCGACGUCAAGACCUUCAUGAGCGGAGGUGUUCAGGGGAACUGCACCGUCUGCCACAACCCCCUCCUCAACCAGACUCAGAAACUCCCUACGUCAGUGUUGGAUUGGCGCGUCAAGGUGCAGUGCCGUCGCAGUCUGAGCAGUCAGGUCUUCGAGUCCAGUCAGUCUGUGCUGAAGGAAACCAGCCAGUCCCUGGGCAUCCACUGGAAGGUGGGUCUGAGUCUUCCUAACCUUGGUGGAUUUGCUGUUGGAGGAUCGCAUUCCACUUCGUCCAAGUUCGCAGAAAGUCGCAGCAAAAAAGACAAGUUCUCGUUCACGACCCACGACUUCAAAUGCAGAUAUUACACGUUCCGUCUUCAUUCUCGUCCUCCGCUCAGUAAAGACUUCCACGUUUCGCUGCAGAACCUUCCCACCACCUUCCACCACAGGAACACCUCAGCGUUCCGUCACUUCAUCUCCAUCUACGGGACCCACUUCAUUCGCCGGGUGCACCUGGGGGGGCGUGUCCACUCCAUCACCGCCGUCCGGACAUGCGAGGCGUCCAUGUACGGGCUGUCGGUUCAAGCCGUCAGUGACUGCCUGUCCGCCGAAGCCAACGCUGCCAUCGACGGAGCCAAGGUUGACGCUGCUUCUAGCUUCUGCAAGAAGAAGAGGCGGAGCUUGAAAACCGGUGCCACCUUCAGCCAGGCCUUUGCCGACCGGACCACCGAGGUCCUGGGGGGCGACGGUGACGUGGGCGACAUCCUGUUCAACCCUCAGGGGAAGAAAGGCUACAGGAAGUGGCUCCGCUCCCUGAGGAGGGUCCCUGGUGUCGUCUGGUACGACAUCAGCCCCCUGCACCGGCUGGUGACCGAUAACCACAUCCUCCGCUCCAGCCUCCGUGACGCCAUCAGCGACUACAUCCGACAAAGCGCCAAACCUCUGCGCUGCCCAUCCAGGUGUAAGGCGGGCACACAGACCCGGACUUGCGCCUGCCGUUGCCAUGGACAUCGCAUGGUGAACGCCGACUGCUGCCCCGCUGAACCUGGCAUCGCCAGGAUGAAUGUGACGGUGGUCCGGGGGGAGGGGCUAUGGGGCGACUAUUUCUCCAAGACCGACGGCUACGUCAAGGUGUUCUACGGUGGGCGGAGCUCUGUGACACCGGUGAUCUGGAACAACAACUUCCCCUCCUGGAACUACAGGAUCCGCCUCCAGACUGUCAACCUCAGACGGAGAACUCCGAUCCGGUUCGAGGUCUGGGACCGGGACAACGGCUGGAACGACGACCUGCUGGGGAGGGCGGUCCUUAUCCCAACAGUGGGGAGUGUUCAGAGGAAGUUCAGGCUGAACCACGGUGCUCUGCUGGUCCAGGUGUCGGCGGCGUGCGCUCCCAGCCUGCAGGGGGCGCUGUGCCAACAGUACCUAGCCACGCCCACCUAUGACCGUGCCAUGCCCACCUACAACCGUGCUACGACCGCUGCCCGGGGCCAACACCCUGGUCUGAGGGAGGCGGGGGUGGGUGGGCGGAGCUAG